AUGGGACCCAGCGUGGCUGCGUGGGAAACUUUACCCACCCUCCGAAAUGUGGGAUGCCGUCGUGUGAAAGUAUACAACCUGAUGAAGAGUGUGAGGCCACGUGACGUGAAGUCCGUUUUUGAAAAGCAUGUCGGCCCGAUCGAUGGAGAGUGUACUAUCAAUGACUGCGUGGGAACGUUGCACUUCGCGCAUGCUGAGCACGCUCUCCAUGCAGUGGAGAAGUAUAACAGAGGCAUAUUGGAGGUCAGUUCUGACAGGCGUAAAGGGGAUGACGAACACGUCAGUUUACAAGCCGAUCCAUGGACUGCAAAUGGACCUACACUUCAACAAAAAAUGGAAGAGUUGCUGUGGCCGCUUGAAGAUUCGCAGUUGAGGCGUGGUGACGGAUGGCUUACCCUCUUCCGCGUGAGCAAAGCCAAGGAAGCCAAAAGGAUGGAACAGCCCGAAAGCUAUCAGGUGGAUUUCAAAGGAAGCAUUCUUACAGUAAAGUUGGAUGACACCGUACCUGAGCAGGAAGGUAUUGUGAUCCAAGGAGGGCCAAUGGUCCUUUGA